AUGAGGGGGUGGUGGGUAUGGUGGCCGUGUAGGGAUGCGCACAACAACGGCCAGGAUCCGGCGCUGUGGCGACAGUUGUCGCGGGCCCUCCGUGAAGCUAUGGUUCUGCGCCAGUUUGGCGUGCUCAUGGCGCUCAGGCUUCGCGGCCUGCGGGAGCUGCAACGCCAGUGCCCAGCGCCCCAGCCUGCCCUGUCCCAGGCAGUUGCCAGACUAUCUGUUUCUGGCCCAUCGCCACAUGCGAGAAUGCAGGCUCCAGCACAGGUUUCCCGGGUCGAGCAGCACGUGCUCGCAUCACAAGAUGACGCAAGGAGGCAGAGACCGAGAGGCGUCCAGCAGCCGAAAACUCAGGUCCCGACGACGAAGGCAGAUGGGCGGAAGCCUGGAGGAACAGCCAAGAAAAGAGUGAAAAGGCGGCGAAUACCAUACCUCGCCUCAUUCACACCUCGCCCAGAGCUCCCCAGCUUGGAUGCCCUUGUUGUUGUGGAGGGUAUUGCUGAUGGAAGGGCAGUUGCAGCAGCAGUCAAUGCGCCGGUGGGUGAUUCCUCGCAUUGUACCAUGAACAGCCUAGUUUGA